GAAGCCCUUCAAGAAACAACCAUGAUGGUAAAUCUAUAUAAUGAAGAUUCUUAUAGCACUACUUCUAGCACAGCCAGGAAAAGACGUACCACUAGCCCUGAACCAAAUGAACAACUUAGAAAAUUCAAUCACUUAAAUGACUUCAUCCUAUGA